AUGGCAUCAUCGUUGCUACUACAUUUAUUCAAUGUCUGUCUUUUAAUAACUUUCAUCAAUUUGGUAUUAUCACAAACUGAUCUAUCAAAUCAUUCUACAAAUGAAAGUCCUAUUCUUCAAUUAUCUGUCUAUCCAAAUGCUGGUACUGCCACUGAAAAAAUAGAAGUCCGUUGUGAAAUAUCUCAACCAACAUCAGUAUCACCAUUAUCAUCAUUGAAAUUUGAAAAUGUCUUUUUAUCCGUUAAAACAGAUCAUGUAAAACCAUCAGGUAUUCUUCUUAUGUUCGAUGAUACUACUGAUGGAUGUCGUACAAAUCGAGAGAAUAUUCAUGUUGAUUUUUGUAAUGCAUCACUUAUCUUAAUUCAUAUUAGUCAUACAAUUGUUAAUGAAACUCUUGAAAAAAUAGAUUAUGCAUGUGUAAAAGGAUCAACUGAAGUAAUAAGUUCAUAUCAAAUAAGAAAAGAUCAAUAUGCACGUUAUUAUGAUCCAACAUAUAGUUCAUCAUCAUCAUCAUCAUCAUCUUGUUUGUCAUAUACUUUUUUUCUUUUAUUAUUUGUUCUUUUCAUAACACGAAUAACAACAACAACAAAAUUCAAAUGCUCAUGA